AUGGUAUCGGGAUAUAGUGCGGCUCAUCCCAUAUUUUCGGCGAUAUUUGGUAUAACAGCUAUAAAGGUGGCCACGGUAAAACGCUGUCAUGUGGUAACAUUCUUUUUCAUGUUUGGAUAUCUAUUUGUGUUUCGGCUAUCAAACACUUUAAAGUUACCACCUUCCUCUGGACACACAAAUUUGAUUGAGAUGAUAAUUGUCUUAAGAGUGGUCGGUGUAGCAUUUGAAAUCAAUGGAUCCUGGUUGUCUGCAGCCAGAGCUAAGAAAGAGGAAAAUAAAAAUGAACAAAGAGAUCCCAACGAAAAAGAUGCUGAUUUCAUGGAAAUAAUUGACCCGGAUUUUAUUGAUCUCCUGCAUUAUUCUUUCAACUAUUGCGGACUAUUAACAGGACCAUAUUACAGAUACAGAACUUUUGAUGACUACUUUCACUUACCAUUCAGCAAGCAUGUUAACUGUUUUGCAUUUACUAUUAACACAUUGAAGAUAGUUCCCCUAUAUAUUUCACUUUACUUGGCUUUUUCUAACAUCUGGCCCCUGGAGUACGUGUUAACUGAAGAACACAACAACCGGCAUUUUGUGUACCGAAUGUUGUAUCCAUGGGCAUUGUUUGCGGCGUUUAGACAGCGCAUCUAUUCUGGCUUGACACUGGCUGAAAGUGUAUGCACUUCAGCAGGGCUAGGAGCUUACCCAGUGCAAGGAAAAAAUAGAACUGGACAUGGUCCUACUGUUGGAUAUAUGAAGUUGAAACAGAUGUCUGAGCAAGACGCUAAAAAAGCUCAAUAUGACUUCAUCACUGUAGAAUCAAUGGACGUAUGGGGAUGUGAAACUGUGGUCACCUUGCGAGAUUCCAUGAAAGUGUGGAAUAAAGCUGUCCAGUACUGGGUUGCCAUGGUUGUCUAUAAACGAUUCCCUAUUAAGCCUCUAAAAAUGCAUGCAGCAUUAUUCGUAUCAGUGAUCUGGCACGGGUACCACGCUGGCUAUUUUUUCUGCAUAUACGCAUGCCCCUUUUAUGUGAUGGCCGAAGAUAUAUACUACAAGCUUUACUAUAAAGAUGCAACUGGCAUGAAAAAGAAAAUCAUUGGCUUCAUAAUGUGGUUCCUGCGCUCCCAUUCGGAAUCAUACCAAGCGGCCGCUUUCCUCCUACUUACGUUUGACCGUAUUUGGGUGUACUAUUCAUCUGUUUACCACUACUGGUAUGGGUGCUGGCUGGCAUUUUUCAUUAUAGGCCUUGCAUUAGAGCAAAUACACAUGAAUCGGCCACAAACCUCUAGGAAUGAGAACAGACCGCUAGUUUCAAGCAAUUAG